AUGACACUCGAACAUCGCUCCGUAGUCUCAGUCCUCAUCUUCCCACCCAACCCAUACGCGACCACACCGCAUCGAGUCCUGCUGUUCCGCCGAUCUGACAAGGUACGGACCUACAGGGGAAAACUCGCGCCGAUCGCGGGGUCGAUCGAGGCGUCGGAUGCGUCUCCGUUGAGUGCAGCAUGGCGCGAGCUGAAAGAAGAGACGGGUCUUGGUGCCGAGGAUAUAGAGCUUUGGAGAAGAGGGCCGGGCUUUGAGUUUGUCGAUGAGACGGCCGUCAGCGCUGGUGGUAGUGGUAAGGAAGGGAAUGAUGAGAACAGGGGUCGCACAUGGAAGGUCUGGCCGUUUGCGUUCCGCCUCAAGAGAGAACUUGAACUCGAAGUGCCAAAGGUGGGUCAACCGCGGCCAGAUGAACCGACUACUAGUCGUACGACGCAGGUGAGCAUUGAUUGGGAGCACACUGGCUACGAGUGGAGGACGAUCGACGAGAUACUGGGCAAUGGCAAGGGUGAGGGCAAGGAGACGGCGAAACUCAUAGUAGACGACUGCGUCCCGAGAUUGGAGGUAACAUUAGGGCAGGUGUGGGUUAGUCCGGACAGUGCCUUGCAUCAGGGUCUAGAGAGGCUGCGGCUGGAUCACUCCAAUGGAGCGAGGCAGCUAGCGACCAUGGCUGUGGAGACUUUGGUCGAGUUGAUCACGGAUUUGGAUACCCAAGCGGAUACCCUCGACCAGGUACGAGUACAUGGACCGGAGGCCUGGUGGAGAGACUUCCGGCUGCAAGCCUUCCACCUGGCGUUCAAUGCGCGUCCGAGCAUGGCUGCCGCGAUAUCAAAGUCUGUAGCUACUGCUCUGUCGCGGGUUGGAGAUGUUACGGAUCUAGACCCAGAGUUCCCAGGUAAGGUCAGACUCGCCUUGAAAUCCUAUCUUCAGCAGAGGAAUGAGCUCUCGAAACGAGUGGGUGUGGCAUUCUCCGCGGUUUUGAAGGAGAGAUACAAGACUUGUGAGCAGGAGGAAACGAAGUGGAUCAAGAUCUUGACGCUCAGUUCUUCGUCUACGAUCAAGGCUGCGGUGAUAUGCGCACUCGAGGACAAUCCUUUGCUCCAUCUGGAGAUCCGCGUGCUCGAAUCCCGCCCGCUCUUUGAAGGAGUGAGUUUCGCGGAGUUCUUGACGGACGCGGCAGCGACGCAAGGGGAAUCAGGUGCUGAGACGCAGGGAUUUCGCAAUCGCCUGCGCGUCGUGAUUGGCACGGAUUGUUCCGUUGGCAUUCUUAGCCAGGACAUUGACUUGCUGAUACUCGGUGCAGACCGCAUAUCGGAGGCUGGGGAUGUUAGCAAUAAGACUGGAUCUUUACCGGCAGCUUUGACGAGCAAGCAUAUCACACAAGGCAAGUGUCGCGUCAUCUGUAUCAGCGAGACUGAUAAGAUCGCUCCACCGGGUUCGCUAGACGAACAUGGAGAAGAAGACAAUGAUCCAUCUGAAGUCAGUAAGGCCUGGAAUUUACAGGGUCGAGAAAUGAAUCAGACAGACUCUUCCAAGAAAGAUUCUGUGCACGUCUCCAAUGUUUAUUUCGAAUGGGUGCCUGCCGGAUUGAUCGACUACUACGUCUGCGAAGAUGGGGUGUUGCCUGUGGCAGAGAUUGCACGACAGUCUCAAGAGAUGGCAGUGCUGAUUGAUCAAGUCUUUUCAGAUUUGUAG